AAGUACUUCUCCGUGGAUUGGGGGAACUGACUGGACUCUGUAAGAAAUGGUCACAAGUAAUACCAUUUCUAAUACCGUCUAGUAAUUUCUCCGCAACGGACUCGAGUAUGUAAUCGCCGAACUCCCCACUGGCGGGAAUCAUGCUAUGUCCACUAGUCCCAGUUGAGCCACUUCCCUCCUCAUCCCGAUCGCCUUCAGUUCACUGGUCUGCUUUGCCCGCAACCCUUUUCUUCCUCUCUCCCUUUUUUCUUCUAGACCCUUUUGAAAAAGUAGCUCUCUCUUCCUCCUUGACAUCCCCGUGCCUCAUUGCAUUCCCCUUUCCUUCGUCAUAUCCUUUUCACCCCCUUGACGUCGCCCGUCUUACGUUCUUGUCCCCGUUUCUCCGCUGUGUCACCAUGUCCGCAGUACUUCGCCGCAGUACCAUGAUGGAAUGUACCCACCGUCACCGUUCCUAAUCAUCCGCUGGCUGAAACUGUGAUUUUUUAAUUCUCGUCGCGAGGCAUAGUCGAUCUGUCGGUUCAUUCUAAUUUGGACUACACGCGCAGCGAUAUAGCCUCCGAAAUACGAUCUGUAUCCCACUAUCGCGCUCAAC